AUGCGGCAGGCCAAGCUAUCGUCGGCACCGUUUCGAACCCCACAACUCUUUCAUGCCAUCGCAGCCGACGCCGAGACAGGUCAUCAUGGAUCGGUGCACAGCCUCCGCCUCCUGCAGCGCUUGGGCUCGUCGCACUUGGCGGCCGCGCCAUGCACGCCGCGCACCGCGACCCUUCUGCGCAAGUUUACGAUCGCGAGCGGCCCGCACCACCUCGACCUCGGUCCGCGCACGCUUUCGUCCAGCCGGCUACAGCUCCUCCCGCACCUCAAGGACGCAAACUUGUGCGCGGACCCUCCGGCGUCAAGUGUCACGCCCCCCAAAGCGGCGUCCAUGUGGUCGAACGAGCCGGUUGCAGACCCGACGCAGUGGCUCUUUACGAAAGAGGAGCAGUUUGAGAGCAUUUUAUGUCGGCGCUGCCAUGCGUACUUGAAGCGCCACCUCGUGCAGCCGCUUCCAUCGCCGUGGCUCGAGCUCCCGCCGGACGGCGACGAUGCGACGUGCUACUACUGCAAACGCUCGCACGAAAUUCGGUGGACACCUCCGGAAGGCACGUCCGAGGUCGCCAUGCGCGUCUUCGAGGCCAACCAGUCCGUGUACGCCGUGUGCAAUUGUCGCAUGACGUGGGAGCGCCGCCAGCACUUGCUUCGGAAAAUCAAGCAGUACUCGAAUCGGUACAAGGAAAACGUCCACUGGUCAGUCGGCAAUGAGCUCGAGCACAUUUAUGACCGCCAUUUUGGCGACGUCAUCCCAGACAACACGUGCUCCCUUUUCGAUUGA